UACGUUUAUUUCCUAAAAAAGAUUUGACACUUGUAGGGGAAAGAGGAGUGAUCAUGAGUGGUGGGCAGAAAGCAAGAAUUAAUUUAGCAAGAAUGGAAUAUUUUACGUUUUUCAGAGCAUUAUAUGUAGAUGCAGAUAUUUUCCUUCUUGAUGAUCCACUGAGUGCUGUUGAUGUUCCAGUAGCAAAAGAGAUAUUCGAAAAGUGUAUAAUCGAAUAUUUGAAAGACAAAAUUUGCAUUUUAGUUACACACCAAAUACAAUUUUUAAAUUUCGCAACUAAGGUUUUAGUUUUAAACAAGGGAAAAUGUGAAGCUCUUGGUAAGUAUAAUGAAUUGAAAAACGUAGAAAAUUAUACAGGAAUUGUAUUAGACAAAGAAACUUCGGAGCAAAAGAUAGAACUAUCAAACGUUUCUUUUAAAGAAGAAGAAGCAUUUUACAAUAUACAAGUUGGCACGAUUUAUCCCAUUGAAAAUAUUGAUAAUGACCUAAAAACAACAUGUAAUGAAAUAUCCAACAAGAAUGACCAACUUCGAAUAGCUGGAAUAUCUGUUUAUAAAGCAUAUAUGAAUGCCGGAGCAGGUUUACUCUUCAAGAUACUUAUACUUUUCAUGCUAAUUCUAUCGCAGACUCUACUCAGUUUUAGCGAUUAUUGGCUCAUUAAAUGGUUACAAGAUAACAAAAACUACAUUGAAAAUUUACAAUUGAAAAAUUUUACGUCAAAAUUAGAGACAAUUAACAACACGGAAUCUAUCGAUUUCCAUGUUCUAGAAAUCAACAUAUACAUUUAUUUGGGCUUGGUUUGUGCUGUAUUUUUCGUUACAUUAAUUUCUGCUUCAUUGUUGUACGAAAUGUUCGCCUCUGCAUCUAUUAACCUUCAUAAUAACAUGCUUCGCUGUAUUAUUCAUACGCCAAUAUCAUUUAUGGACGACAAUCCUAUAGGAAAAAUUCUGAACCGAUUUUCGAAAGAUGUUAAUAACAUGGAUGAUAUGCUGACAUUUGUUUUCUACGAAGCCAUAAGAGCAUCUGGCUUCUGUAUCGGAAUAACUGUAAUUGAAGCGUUAAUCUGUCCUUAUUUCCUAAUAAUGACAUUCUUUCUCUUGAUCUCAUUUUAUGUUUUGUGGACUACUCAUAACAACGUUUUGAAUAGCAUAAAGUAUCUGGAAGGAAAAUCGAGAAGCCCGGUAUUUUCUCAUCUGAGUGUAACUCUGUACGGACUUACAACAAUCAGAGCAUUUAAUGCUGAAAACAAAUUUAAAUCUACGUUUAAUGAAUAUCAGGACAGACACACUGCAACAUGGUUCUUAUACGUGUGUUUAAAUCGAUGGAAUUGUUUAUACGGUCAAAUAAUUUGUUAUAUAUAUUUAAUUGUUACUGUUAUUGUUAUGAUUGUUUUCGUAAAUACUGAUGAUGCAGGAAUCAAACUAGGACUUGUUAUCAAUUACGGAAUAAUGAUAUUUUUGCAUUUUCAUUGGAUUAUAAAGCAAUCUUCAGAAACAGAAUAUCAGAUGAAUUCUGUUGCUCGUAUACUAAAUUACAGCAAUUUAAAAUCGGAAGCAGCAUACAACUCUUCCACUGACAAACAACCGCCCACAGAUUGGCCACGUACAGGAGAAAUUGAAUUUAAGAAUGUAUCUUUGCAAUACUCGAAAGAUAAAAAUAUUGUUUUAAAUAACUUAACAUUCCGUAUUUAUUCAGGAGAAAAAAUAGGAAUUGUUGGACGUACAGGAGCUGGAAAAAGUUCAAUAAUUACUGCUUUAUUUCGUAUGACAGAACCAACAGGGACGAUAUACAUAGAUGGUGUUGAAACUAAGGAUAUAGGUCUUCGGGAUCUACGUAGUAAAAUAUCGAUCAUUCCUCAAGAUCCAAUGUUAUUCACUGGUCCUUUUCGAAGAAACAUUAAUCUUUUUAAUGAAUAUUCAGAAAAAAUGCUAUGGCAAGUUAUAGAAGAGGUUCAGUUAAAAGACGUUAUUGGGAAGUUACCUGGAGGGUUGGAUACACAUGUAAGUGAAGGAGGUCGAAAUUUCAGCGUUGGACAAAGGCAGUUAAUAUGUUUAGCAAGAGCAAUUCUUCGUGACAAUAAAAUUUUAGUUAUGGACGAAGCAACAUCCAAUAUGGAUAAAGUCACUGACUGCUGUGUACAGAAAAUAAUUCGAGAGAAAUUCAAAUCUUGUACAGUGUUGACAAUUGCUCAUAGAUUGCAUACGAUUAUCGAUUCGGAUAGAGUUCUGGUUCUCGAGUCAGGAAAACUAAAAGAAUUUGAUACGCCAUAUACAUUACUGAAAAACUUAAACGGUACUUUUUAUAAUUUGGUGAAAAACACAGGAAAAAAUUCAAUGAAAGAGCUAUACAGAAUCGCGAAAUAUAAGUAUAAAACCACAGAAAAUAUCGUCAAAAUAAAACUGUAAAAGAAUAAUCGUUUUCUAUGCAGAGCAAUUGUUCAUUUAUUUAAAAUUCAUUUUUAAGAAAAGUUAUGUAGAUGUAAAAAUCAGAUAACGUGGAAAUGUUAAUAGUGCUGUAGUAGUUCUGAU